ACCCGGCCACCCGCUUCUCGAACGUCUAAUGGCUAUUUCUGCACUGAUAUCUUUAUCUCCAUAGGGAAGAAGAAAAAAAAAACCUCAACUCCUCUCUCCCUCUCUUAGGAUAUCUUUUAUGAACGUUCGGGUUAGGGAGAGAGGGGAUCUACGGUUUUCGAUGCAUCUAUAUUUUCUCCUCUCAUAGUAUCGAGAUUUGAGAAAAGAAGUAGUUGAUGGCAUGCCUUGAGCUGGAUUCUCCACUACUUUUUUCAAAUCCCCUAUUGUCUGAUCGUCCCUUCAACCUGCAUCUAGAGGGAAGCAUCUCAUCUGGACUUUCAGUUGGGCCGAACGUUUUCUCGUCUACUCAAUACCAUUGUAGUAUCAUUCCAAAACCACCUCCACUCCCAGGAUCAUCCUAUGAUAGAAACAGAUUCUCCAAAAAGUUAAAGGAUUACAGUUAUGUUCCUGAGGAAACAAAGCAUGCUUGGGAUAGACUUUUUUAUGAAGGAUAUGAAGCUGAUGUCCGUGUUCUUACAGAUGACGAGGGCAUAAUUUUAGCACAUUCAAGUGUUCUUGGUAUUACAUCUCCUGUGCUGAGAAACAUGUUAGAACAAGCAAGAGUUAAAGGGGGUUUUCAAUGUAUUAAAAUUCCUGGUGUGCCUUCAGAAGCUGCCCAUGCAUUUAUCCGAUUUCUUUACUCUUCAUGCUAUGAACUGGACGCAAUGAAGAAGUUCGUUCUUCACUUGCUUGUCAUGUCGCACGCAUUUUCAGUCCCUUCCCUGAAAAGGGUUUGCAUCAGAGAACUGGAAACAGCAUUGCUGACCUUCGAGAAUGUGGUUGAUGUGCUUCAGUUAGCCAGAUUGUGUGAUGCACCACGCCUUUCCCUUUUAUGCACUCGGUUGAUCAUUAAAGAGUUCAAGACCAUCUCAGUGUCGGAAGGGUGGAAAGUAAUGAAGCAAGCCAACCCCUGUCUCGAGCAGGAGCUUCUUGAGGCUCUAGUGGAGACGGAUUCUAAAAAACAGGAGAGGGCCAAAAAGAUGGAAGAAAAAAAGGUGUACAUGCAACUGUUUGAAGCAAUGGAGGCUCUUUUGCACAUAUGCAGAGAUGGGUGUCGGACCAUCGGUCCCUGCGACAAGAUGCUCAAAGACAAUCAAGCCACCUGCAACUUCUCAGCUUGCAAGGGGCUGGAGUCGCUGGUCCGCCACUUCUCAUGCUGCAAGACUCGAGUCCCAGGUGGUUGUGCACAUUGCAAGCGGAUGUGGCAGCUUCUCGAGCUCCAUUCCCGCAUGUGUUCUGAACCAGGCUCUUGCAAGGUCCCCCUAUGCAGGCGUUUCAAGGAUAAGAUGCAGCACCUAAGCAGGAAGGAAGAAAUGAAAUGGAAGCUGUUGGCGAGCAACGUGAUGGCAGCCAAAGGCACAAUCAGCUCCAUCUCUGCUCGGAGACCCUUGGUAACAUAACUCUAUUAUGAACAACAAAGGGGACGAAAAAUAUGUCCAAAAAAAUAAGUGCUAUAAGUACUGUCCCAUUGCCUGUGCUCCUAUAGAUUGCAAAGCUUGUUGCACUGCGACAGCGCCGCUGUAUGUAAUAAAUUAUAAUCACAAGUUUUGAGUAAAUCACAGCACAGCUUAUAGGUUAGCAGGCUUACAUCUUAUAUAUCCUUCCUUUGCUGUCAACUGCAUAGCCUCACAACAAAAAAUUAGAAGAAAGAAAUAAAAGUCCAACCGCAUUACUAGAUAAGGACAUCUCAUGGAUUCAUCCUUCCCUCGGGGCAGUCCUGAUUUUGCAGUCUGGUUCACUGUAAAAAUAACUCAGAGGUGGAAUUGAACAAAAUUUUGUAUCACUGCCUUUUCCUAUGGUUAAUAUAAACUCAUGUUCUU